AUGGGUCUUGCCGACUACCUAGCCCAGAACUACCUAUCCGCCGACAAAACAUCCAAAGGCAAGAAGCGCAAGAGAAAGAAUGCCGAAGACGCCGGCCUGGUCAUCGCGGACGACGAUGUGAGCGGCUUGAGCAAAUCACGGAACGGCGACGACGACGACGAUAUUCCCAUGAUCAUACCAGGAGACGCAAAUAUCAGCAAACGAACAACGACUUGGAAGACGUUCGGCAAAGCUGCUCCCUCAAACAACGAACAAGCUGCAGCCGAUGCCAUUCUGGCAGAUGCCGCCGCCGAGACACAAGCGCGCAAUGCCGAAGACGAAGACGCACCUGCUGUCGUAGGAGAAGACGAAGAAAUGGACUACUCGGGACCCACCAUGGCGUCAGGCGCAAUGGCGGGAUUGCAGACGGCGGAACAAGUUACAAAGGCCUUGAAGAGAAAGGAGCGUGAGGAGAAAAAGGCCAUGCAAGAGAUGGGCAUGGAUCCUACUGGAAAAGCACAAGAGACGAUAUACCGUGAUGCGUCGGGUCGCAUCAUCAAUGUCGCCAUGAAACGCGCCGAGCUACGACGCCAGGCCGAUGAGGAAGAGAGAAAGAAGGUUGAGGAGGCCGAGAGCAGACGGGGUGAUGUACAGAAGAGGGAGAAGGAGGCACGCAUGCGAGAACUGGAGGAGGCAAAGACCAUGUCACUCAGUCGCUACGCGGAUGACCGUCAGCUUAAUGACGAGCAGAAGGAGCAAGAACGAUGGAACGACCCAGCAUUGGCUUUCUUGAGCAAAGGCACGACAAAAGGUACCAAGGGUACCAGAGGAAGAAAGAAGACAUACGCAGGCGCCUUCGAACCCAAUCGCUAUGGCAUCAGGCCCGGGUACCGAUGGGACGGUGUGGAUCGUAGUAUUGGCUUCGAAAAGAGAUGGUUCGAGGCGCGCAACCAACAGCAAAACAUCAAGGACUUGCAGUAUGCAUGGCAGAUGGACGAAUAG